UCUCUCUCCAGGUCUCGUCCCUGUACUUCCAGUCAGUUGUUUCAUUUUGGUUGGAUACUCUACAUUCACAUUAAAAAUCAGUUCCCACUCAUAAGUGAUGAUUUGGUUAAUUCUCAUUAUUUAUUAUUAUGUUGUAUUGACAUGUUAUGUGCAGCUGCUGUCAUCGGAAAAAGACACGAUCUAUUGCGCAAUGACUUCACACCUCCCUCUCUCCCGGCAGUCACACCUGAUUGUGACUCCGCCCCCUCGUUAAUAAUUGACGACUAUCCUACUAUACUGCCAGAACUAUGCAGGCAAUUUUCAGUGAUAGAGAGGGAGUGUCUGGUAGUGAGAGACUAUUACUGGUGGCCUUCAGUGAGACGUCUCUUUGAGUCUCAGGUACUCAUUGGUACUUCAUUAAGAGGAACCCACAAACUCAGUUCUCACGAUCUACUCACAUUCAUAAUACAAUCAGCAACCUUUCAAACUAAUUAUCGUUCAUUAAAGCAGACCUAUGAGUUGGCAAUGUUAGAAGAAGGUGAGUUUGAUGAGAGGGUGUUCCUUAACAGUUCAGAGACUGAUCAUGAGGAGGAGGAGCUCCUGGGAAGAUCAGAUGAACAGAAUGAGAGAUUGGAGCCAAUCGGUGUCAUUUAUCAAUCUCCCCAGUAUUUGCAGUAUGGUACUCCGUUAAGCGGAAGAGAAUAUUUAUCAACAAGAGAAAACAAGUUGACUCCAGUAUCAGAUGCUAAUCAAUCAGUGAUACAAUUACAUUUAUUAUUAGAAGAAUCACUACCAGAACCAACUGACAUCAUCUAUAACACGUGCAGUUAA